CUACGUUCAUGGAGGUCUCUCUCUCUCAAUGAAAUAACAGUAUGGCUUCUAUAUAUAUAGGUCAGAGUGAUAUAAGGAGCAUAGACAGGGGAGAAUCUAGAACAUAUUAUUAUUGGAUGCAUAUAUUAGUACAUAUACAAAUUAGAAGGACAACAUCACAAAUGUACGGAAUUAAGAGGGCAUAAUAAAAUUUUCAAUGGGUGUACAACUGUGUUUUGAUUAAAAUUAUGACAAAAGUUAAAAUUCUGUACAAAACCUUUUUUAGAAAGAAAAAAGUGGGUGCCCUUUUGCAUCUUUAGUCCUCUACCUAUAUUCGCCCGGAGCAUAGAUCCAAAAUAUAUAUGUGUUAUAACUUACAAAGAUGAAUUACUUUGAGCUAUAUAUAUAUAGAAGCCAUCCCUGGUGGAGGCAGGAUUAUAUUUUAGAGGGGUCAAUAUGAUAACAAAUGUAUUUUGCAAGGGUCAAUAGGUUACAUUCAUCAGAUUUUUCUUUAGAAAUACAAGUAAAUUUUUUUUUUUUUUGCAAAAAUUGACAUGGGUCAAUUGAACCCCCUGAGUGUACACUGGCUAGCCAUACUGUGCGAGUGGGUUUGAUCUUUCCUGGACAUAAUAAACCUCGAAAGCCCUUUGGAAUUAUAUGGAUAAGACUCUCCCAAAGUAGCAUCUGUAAACAAAGUCCAUAUUGUCCACUUCUUAGUAGGCUGACUAAUGGGCUAGAAAUAGUCCAAGCCCUGUUUCUCUCAUUUUCGGACAACCCGACAUCAGCAAACAACGUACUUUAAAACAUGUUCGACUCUUUUAUUGAUUAUAAAAAAAUGAAAAAAAAAGUUGAAACGAAUAAUAAAAAUAACGGAGAAUAAUAAUUUAAUUAAGGGAGAAUAAUAUUUGCAUUAACUUGCCGGAGAAGGUGAGAUUGAGGAAUUAAGAAAGAACAGUUCUUCUUCUUCUUCUUCUUCUCCUUCUCCCUUCAACUUCAACUCUUCAAAGAUUCUUUGAGGGAGAGGAAGUAGAAGAAGAAGAUCCAUUUAACAUCAUCAUCUUUUCGUUUCUCUCUCCACCUAUUUUCGAUGGCUGAGAGCGAAGAGAAGAACGGGAUUCUUGAUUCCAUGCCCGUCUUCGCUAAGGAGCUUAUUGCCGGCGGCGUCACCGGCGGUAUAGCUAAAACCGCCGUAGCUCCACUCGAACGAAUCAAGAUUCUUUUCCAGACAAGAAGGGACGAGUUUAAGCGCAUAGGACUCGUGGGAUCCAUCAACAAGAUUGGCAAAACUGAAGGUUUAAUGGGUUUCUAUCGUGGGAAUGGUGCAAGUGUUGCUCGGAUAGUUCCCUACGCUGCUCUUCAUUACAUGGCCUAUGAAGAAUACAGGAGAUGGAUCAUCUUCGGUUUCCCUGAAACUACUCGUGGACCGUUGCUUGAUCUUGUAGCUGGAUCAUUCGCUGGUGGCACUGCCGUUCUCUUCACUUACCCUCUUGACCUUGUUCGGACAAAGCUAGCUUAUCAGGUUGUUGGUUCAGCAAAAGCACAAGCCAAAGCUGUUACUAUCCCCAUGGAACAAAUCGUGUACAGAGGAAUCACCGAUUGUUUCUCGAGGACAUACAGAGAAUCUGGAUUCCGUGGCCUAUAUCGUGGUGUAGCUCCUUCUAUGUAUGGGAUCUUCCCUUACGCUGGUUUGAAGUUCUACUUCUACGAGGAGAUGAAACGCCACGUCCCUGCAGAGCAUAAAAAGGACAUUUCCUUGAAACUCGUUUGUGGAUCGGUCGCUGGAUUGCUUGGUCAGACGUUAACGUACCCUCUCGAUGUUGUCAGGAGACAAAUGCAGGUUGAGAGACUCUACGCAGCGGCAAAGGAAGAAACGGUACGAAGAGGGACAAUGCAGACGCUGGUCAAGAUUGCUAGAGAAGAAGGUUGGAAGCAGCUCUUCUCGGGGCUUAGCAUCAAUUACCUUAAGGUUGUACCGUCAGUGGCAAUUGGAUUCACGGUAUAUGAUGUUAUGAAGCUGCACUUGAGAGUCCCUUCACGAGAGGAAACAGAGGCAGAAGAUAGGACCACACGGAAAAGAAACACUUUAAGCUGAUUCUAAGAUCAUCAUCCAUGAUCUGAUUCUUUGUGGUGUUUAGUAACCACAGAUUAUUAUUAGUUGGAAGUGUACAUUCCAUUUUUUUUUUCAUGGAGGAAAAUUGAAGCUAUGUUCCUCCUAAUCAGUGUUAAAAUUCCAUUUGAAAACGAUAUGAAUCAUAUAAUGUAAAUAUGUAAUUUGUUUUAUAGCCUUUAUGGAAACUAAGAGAGACUCGAUGUAAUGAUGAAUAACAAAGAAGAUGCUUCUUAUU